CACAGUAAUGACACGGGCUUCGCGAGCCUCUCGGUUAAACUGCAACUGUUAUUGUUGAGGAAAAACGGGAGCAAAACAUGGAAAACUUCGAGGCUUGUAUUUCUGAGGAAUCCGACAAAAUCGACCCCGAGAUUUCCUUCAUCCUGGAGGAGGAAACGUGUGAAGGUGGAGUGAUGGAAACCCAGGAGGAAGAGGAACUUGCAGAGAGUUUAAAGAAUGCUACUAAAGACCAGUCUGUAAAACCAAAGAUGAAUUACAUCAUGUCAAGUUCUUCCUUCUCCAUGGUAACUGUACAAAGUGAAGACAGUGGAAUUAUAUGGGAGACAGUUUCAAGCAGCCGGUCCUCCACACCUUGGGCUUCAGAAAGCACAGUGUCAGAUGUUUACAGUGUGGAAAGUUCUGUAAGUUCUCCACCAGGCAAAGUCAUAUUUAUUACGGAUGAAUUGCCUCAGUCUCCAUCUGAGAAUGAACACCAAAGCAAUAAAACUAGUAGAUCUGAGAAACGACGCAGUGAAAUGGCAGAUCUCAAGCCAGGAGAAAAAAAAGGUGCCCGGAAGAAACACAGAAAUAACUCCUGUGCUUUCAAAUCAGAAGCAGGAAAAGUCGAAUCAACUGUAAUUUUAGCUCCUGCAAUUGACAAAGUGUCAAAGGCAAGACAGUUGAUGGACAAAACAGAGACGAAUAGCCCAUUCCCUAUGGAACACAGCCCAGUAGUGUCAAAAAUAGCGGGAAAGUCCCCUGAUAUGGCAGCAAACAGAGCAUUUAAGACAGUUGGCUAUGCUGAAAGACAAGUGGAAAAACAUGCUCCAAUGCACUCUCAAGGGAGAUUUGAUAAAGUUGCAGCAGAACAAAGCAUCUGCAGAUCUGAACAGAAGGAACAAAACAGCAUUCUCAAAACACAGGAUCUAAACUCUUCAUUUGUAGGAGUACCUAAGGAGCAAGUUGAAAUGUCUUCAAUACACAAGAGAAGAGAUGAAGCAGAAGAAUCAAAACAUGCUUCAAAACCAAGCUCACAAAUAAGAAUCAAUUUAGCUCCACUAGAUGAGAAGGAUUCAAGUCCUUCUGUAAUCAUCACUUCAGAACUUGUCAGUCCUGUGUCUGCUCCACAAUUAGCAGCGGCUUACAAAGACUCGGGUAACUUUGGUUCAUCUAUAAAAACACAAGCAACUAAUGGAAUAAUUGGUACAAGUGCAGAUGAUUUGGAGAGAACUAAAGUUUCCAGUUCAGAAAUUAUAGUAUCUUCGCCUCCUGAAAUGUUCGGGCCAGACCUAAGGAGCUUAGCAGCUGAUAUCUUAGUAUCAUCUGUUCAAUGUGACGAUAAUUCUUGCUUGAAAAAAAGUCGAAUACCUACAGAAUCAACAAUAUGCGAAGAUCAUGAAGUUGUUGGUGUAGAAAUAAAAAAUUCAUUAUUCAGAACAGUUGGUAAGACAUCCGUUGGUGGGGUUCCGCUUUGUUUUUCAGAAAAGCAGGAAUCUAAUGCGAACCAAGAUGAGACUUAUUCAAGGAUAGAUUCAGGAAUCAGACGUCCAAAGCCUUUUGCAACCACCAGUUCAGAACGCAUAUCUCCCUUGCCACAUUCACAGAGAAGAGAAACUUGCACAGGCAAGGAUGACUUUGGUUUAGCAAUUAAAGAACAGCCAACUAAUAGAGCAAUUUAUACUGGAUCAGAGAGCAUGAACAGAAUUGGAAACACUGUCUCAGAUAUGAGUGAGUCCUUGUCUUGCGAAACACUUGGUCUAGACAUAAAGAAUUUAGCACAUGACAUGAUAGUGACGCCUAAAUAUAAGGACAAUUCUAACUCAGAGGAAAGUCCAAUAAGACAUGAAUCAACAAUAAGUGAAAAGACAGAAGCCAUGGAUGUGGAUUUAAAAGUUUCCUCAUUCAAGCCAGUUGGUAAAAUAUCUCCAGUUGAGGUACCAGCUUGUUUUCCAGAAAAGCGAGAAAUUUGUUUAAACAAAGAUCAGUUUUAUUCAAGGACAGAUCGAGCAGACAAAGAGCAACCAAAUCUUUCAGCAACCAUCAGCUCAUCGUUCAUUGUUCCUGUGCCAGUUUUGCAUUUAGGAAAAACUUGUAAAGACAUGAAUAAAUUUGGUUCACCAAUCAAAGGAGUAGCAGGCAAUGGAAUAAUUUAUACAAUAACAGACAGUUUGGAGAGAUCGUCAGCCACUAACUCUGAAAUCAAUGGGUCUUUGAAUCCCAAAACACUCAGUGAAUAUUUAAAGAAUUCAGCAGCUGAUAUGGAGGUAUUGCCUCCAGAAUGUAAAAACAAUUCCUCUGUAAAGAUAAACCAAACAGUUACAGGAUCCCAAAUGUGUGAAAUUACAGAAGGUAUGGAUGAAAAUUUAAACCAUUUGUCAUUCAGUGCACCUGUUGAAAGAUACACAGAAGUGGCUCCAUCUCAUUUUUCAGAAAGACAAGAAAUUACUACAAAUAAGAGUCACUCGUUUCUAGGGACAAAUCCUAUGCAUGAAGAAGCAACAACUCAGAAACAUGCAGAAUCUGUGGAAACUUCAAAAGUGGUUGAUGUGGACCAGAAUGGUUCCUCAUUCAGCACAGCUGAUCGAACAACAGGAGUUAUACCUCAGUCGCAUUCAGAGACAAUAGUAAAUGAAUUAAGUAAUGAAAAAGAUACUAAAAGUAAGAAAGAUGUCUUCAAUAUAGUGGCUGAAGGCUAUGAGAUCUUGAAUAUCAUUGUUCCACCCAAGUUAUACUCUGUGGACCAAGAGGCUUGUAGCAAUAUGCAGGACAACCUAAUGUAUUUGCAGAAAAAUCCACUCAUAGACAAAAACAAAAUAGAGGAUGAAUUUGAAUGUGCAGGUAAUGUUAAUAGAGAAGGUAAUGGCCAACAGUUAAUACCACCAAACAUGCCGAAACAUAAUGAGUCAGAAGGGAAUGCAAAUCCCUUAACUUUGUGGAAGUCUAAUCCUUUCACUGUGGGAAUAUCCGAUCCUUUCAGUGUUAGCCAUUCUAAUCCUUCAACCAUUGUGGAAUCCAAUCUUUCUUCUAAGGCUGGAUCCAAUCCAUUUUCUGUGCAGAAAUCUAAUCCUUCCAAUGUGGGAAACUCCAAUCCUUCCCAUAUGGGGAAAUUGAAUCCUUCUAAUGUGGGAGAAUCCAAUCCUUCCAAUGUGGGGGAGUCCAAUCCUUCUGCCACAGAAGUUCCAACAUCUACAGCGAAAAAUGGGAGUAGCGAUGAUGAUUACUUUGAAAAAUAUACUUUGCUGGACGAGCAGGUCGACUUAGGUAAGACAGGACUGAAAGCACAGGAAGUGCCAGUUCAGGUCGAAGGAAACCCUUUCCCUCAAGUGGACAAUCCAGUGAACCUAAAAAGCAAAAGUAUUUCAUUUUCAGACGACACAGAGACUUUUAUGUUUGAUGAGUAUGACAUGUCAGAAAAUCCCAGAUCCUUUGUUGCAAUGGAAGAUGAGUUUGCACAAACACAUGUGCCUGAAGCAUGUGAUAAAGAAGGGGACGAGAAUAAAAAUACUGCAGAUGUUGUGAGCGAGAAGCCAGAAGGUUCCUUGUUAUUCAGCACAGAUGAAGGAGUCCUGUCACGUUCAUAUUAUUUUCCUGUAUCAACCAAACUAGCUGAACUGGCACUUUUGGAGGAACCACCUGCAUUAGCAUUUUAUUACAAAGACCUCUACGAAGAAGCUAAGGGACGAAAAGAAAAAGACAAUGGACAGUCUGAUGAGGAAAGUAAUAAUUCUGAUCUGCUAUUUCCGAGUCAGUCAUCUGACACAGACGAUGGGAAUGGAUUAUACUUUGAAAAAUAUGUUCUGAAGGAUGAUGUUCCGGGGUCGUUGAGGGAGUUGAAAACAGAAGAAUCAUUUUCUUUGAUGGAAGCUUUGUCCCAGGAUAAUGUUAUUGAUGUAGAAGCAGACACUGUAUUUUCAAAGGAUACAAGUACGUUUUCUGCAAUACACACUGACAAAGCAGAACUCCCCACACAAAUGAGAGUUUCUGAAGAAACGGAGGUACUGGAUGAGUGUGCCGAAAAAUGUGAAACAGCUAAAAAUGAGACGAGUCACAUUUUGUCAGAGAUUCAACCCAUACAAUGUGAAGAUCUGUCAGAAGAAGCAAUUCAGACAAUGGAAGACAAAGUUCAUGAUGAAAUAAGUAAAGAGAUAGUACGAUUUGAAGAUACGGCAUCUGUAGAUGUACAAAAGUCUGACUCUUCUGUUAGAGAUCAUGUUGAUUCUGUACAAACUGCAAUUCCAAUUGAUUUAUUUCAAGAACUUAUGAAACCUGGAGGUGAAGUUGGAUUUUGUGAAGACACAGUUUUUGUCGACCCAAGUGUAUUAAAGCCAGGCUCUUUUGGAGGAGAUCAUUUUGAUCCUGCACAUAUUACAAUUCUGAGCGAAUUUGAAGAACAAGAAAAACCUCCAAGUGAAGCUGGAGCUUGUGAAAGAACACCAUAUGUCGAAGGUAAGAUACAAAAGCCUGUCUCUCCUGUUGGCAAUCGCUUUGAUUCUGUACAUACUACUAUUCUAAGUGAUUCAUUUGAAGAACCUGAGAUACCUCCAAGUGAAGUUGGAUUCGAAGGAGUGUACAACAUGCCAACAUCAGAGCAAGUUGAAGACAUUCAGAAUUAUACACCCAGUGAGGAAAUAGCUGUUUGUCAGAUUAAAGCUGAUGUAAUGGAGAAGGAUCUAUGUGUUGAGGAUGUGGCAUUUGUAGGCACUCAUGAAGCUGAACAUCUUCCCACAGACGUAGGGGAGGAAACUGAAGGUGAACUGGCUGAGGAAUUCAUAAGCUCUGAAGCUCAGGUGCAUCAAGAAAUCAAUGAUAAUCAAUCAACUGAAAGAACAGUUCCAAUGACUGUGACUGAUGAAUGCCAAAGAGUAGAUCAAUUUAUUAGCAUGGAUCAAAGGGUUUCUCAAAAGGUUAUAGAAGGAGAAAUAGCUUUGGUUAAUCAACAAUUGCAGUUAAAAUCAGUUCAGACUCCUGGAAAUGACACAGAGCAAGCAACAUACAAAGGUGACAUAGAACUGCUAGAGGCUCAAAUGAUUUGUAUAAAGGAUAAUGAAUAUCUUCUGAAAGAACCCUGUCCCCUUGAAAGUAAAGAGGAAGAAAAGAUGACAGAAGAAGCAUUUCCCCAAAUAACAGCAUAUCACAAGAUUGCAUCAGAGCCAGAUGAUUAUAAAGGAAUUCAAGCACCCUCCACUAAUGAAGAAAUAAAAGGAGAAAGCCUCACCGAUGAGAUUGCACAAGCUCUAGAAAGUGAAUGGGAUGUACUGGAAGUACCAAUACAUGAAUCACCCACUGGUAUAACAUCAUGUGAACAAGAUUCAGUGUAUAUUUCAAGAGACGUGUGUCAAUUCCAAACGGAGGCAUUCACUUAUAAAGAGCAUGGUUUUCAUUAUAGAACAAUCAGUGAAUCAGUGGAUGAUGAAUUGGAUGCCUUGCAACAGCAAUACCUAUUAGAAAAUGUACAGAAUCAGAUGGAAGAAGGCAGUGAAACAUACCCUGAAGGAAUAUCACAAGAUUUAUUUGCUGAAGAUGUAAAGAAAGGCACUGAUGAGAUAUAUUUGUUGGAAGACACAAGAAUAAUAGAUAUAAAUGUGUUGGCGGUGCCUGACUAUGAUCUGGAGUUUGCAGAUAAAGACUUACAGGAACUUCCCGUGGAAGAAAGAAAAAAUACAGAUAUCCAGAUAAAUGAAAAGGAAGAUACAGAUGUGUUAACCUUAGAGAAAUCACCAAAGCCAAUGGAUACUUUUUGUAUUACUUGUGGGUUUCCAAUUUUUGCCAUUGAUAAGCUCUUUGGAGAGCAUCAGGACCAUGAAGUAACAAUGAUCGAUGCAGCCAUGUUAAAAAUGAAGGAUAAAUUGGAUGAACUUGCAACAGCAACCCAGGAGAGAGCAGCUAAGAUCAAGGAGCUUGUAACUGAGCUGGAAGCUGUAUUUAAUGCUGUUGAGGAGAACUGUACCAAAGAGGCGAAGCUUCUUGAGGAACAGCACGAAGAGGUGAUGAAGCUGCUGUUGGCACAGUACACAGAGAUGUCGCAGAUCAUGGAGGAGGAGAAGAAGGUGAAACUGGAGCAUUUGUAUGACCAGAUGGUUCAUUAUCGAUGCAGCAUUGAUUCAGCAAAGGAAGCUGUGGAGAAGACAAAGGAGAGUAUUCAGAAUGAUGACAUAACUUUCUUACAGUCCUUCAGGACAAUCAAUGACAGCGUGAUUUCUGCAUUAGAAGUUGCAAUUUCUCUGGAUCCGAAGCCAACCUGGUGCUCAUCUUUUGAGGAUCUCACAGUCCAGUCUGCAAGACCUGGAUAUGAGUCACAAAAACAAUUAUCUGUUCCUCAGUCUCCAACAGUUCUGCCUCAAGAGCCAAACUCUGCAACAAGCACAACAGUGACAGUGUAUUGGAAGGUCGGUGAGGAUGACGUCAUUGACUAUUUCCAGGUGUACAGUGUGGAUGAGUCUGAGGGAAGCAAAGAGCAUAGUGGAGGUGUAAGUGAUGAAUACAGAAUGGCCGUGAAAGAAAGUUACUGCACGUUGGACAACCUGGAUCCAAGCAGACGCUAUCUUGUCUGGGUGAUGGCUGUGAACUUUUCAGGGUGCAGUUUACCUAGUGAAAAGGUGACGGUCAGGACUGUGCCUUCAGCACCUGUUCUUAAUCCAGAGGAAUGCUCUGUGUGCUGGGAUUCUGCCACCAUCCGCUGGAGCUCUGCAGAUCUCGAUGACGUUGACAUCUUUACUCUUGAGUUCCACAGACAAAGCGAUUUGCGAAGAUCAACCUUCAGAUCUGUAUCCGGAAUACGAGGGUGUGAACAGACGGUCAAGCUGCAGCCACAAGAGGACUUUCUGUUCUACAUCACUGCUGUGAACGAUAUUGGGUCAAGUGACAAGAGCAGACCAGCACUGAUCUCAACAAAAAGAACUCGAUUUCACCUCAAUAAAGAGACAGUUCCGCCAAAUUUGCAGUUAUCUGAAGAUGGGACUGUAAUUCACUACCAUGAGCCAUCUGUGGAAAAUGAGAACCAACUGAAUGAAUAUCCUCCUGUUCUUGGUGAGCCGCUACCUACUUCUGGUCAACACUACUGGGAAACGACUGUGGACAGAUGCCAAGCCUACAGAAUAGGAGUAGCUUAUCCCAUUACAACAAGAAAUUGUACACUGGGGCAAAGCCUGGCAUCAUGGUGCAUGCGGUAUUAUGUAACACCAGCAGGGCACAAGUACGAAUUUCUUCACAACAGUGCAGCACAUGAAGUCUUUAUCACAGACUUUGUAACCAGAGUUGGUAUUUUAUUGAACGGUGAUGGUAGUCAGCUGUCGUUCUUCAAUGCCCAGAGUGGACAGUUACUUCAUAGCUUCCAGCAUCGAUUCACAGAUCUCAUCUGUCCAGCAUUUACUGUCGAGAAGCCUGUUUUUCUGGCUGUAUGCACAGGAGCUGAAUUACCUGAAUUUGCUAAAUGCAGCUAAUGCCACCCAUUUUCCUUGCUAUCAAACUCCUUAAUUGUCUACAAUGUUGAACAGUAGCUGAUGAAAGAAACUUGUUUUUUUUUGCAGGAGACAGUUUACUGUCUACCUCAGAGUUCAGACUCUGCAGUAAGUAUUCCAUGGAGGACACCACUAGCGUAAUAGGAGAAUACAUAAUCUGUGAUAUAAAUUGAAGAUUUGUACAUCUUGUUGGAUAUGAAUUAUUGAUAACUUAGUAAUUACUGAUUAUUGACAGUAAAUCUUAAGCCCACAAUUUUAUGAAGUGCUCCAACGGAAAAAGAGGAUGUUCUUGUACCAAGUUACCAAUUGUUUCAAAGCUUUGAUUAUCCCAAGGAAGUGAUGCUGUUACCACCAAAACUGAUUCCUCUGAGAUCAGAGACUGCCAGACAAGGGGGCAGAUUGCCAGGAAUGAUCUCACCUGGGAAUCCAUGCUAAAUUGGUGCUUAUUUCUUAUCCCUUGGGUUUAGGCUUGCGUUACUCUAUAGAGGUAAGCAGCAAUAUGGUAACUUAUUGAACAAUUUUGACACCUUCAAAUUUUCACCUACAUGCUGCUUUCUUUUUACUUAAAGUGGUUUCAUCAUAACUUUUUGCUGGCUUCAGUGAACUCUUUUUUUUGUAGAACAAUUUGUAGAGGAUGGGGAAGAGAUGUGUUUUAACCCAGCGCAGACUGAUUUAACUCCACAAAUUAUACAUUUUGCCCAUCUAUAAUAUCCUACAUUCAGGCUAAGGAGCCAAGUAUUAUUAAUGAAUUAAUUGUUCAUAUUCUACCCAUAGUGUUAGUGAGUUGAAUAAAAUGCUACUUUAUUAAUAUAUGGAAACUACAUGUUCAUGUCACAAUAUUGUAUACAUUUAGCAAUACUUGUGUAUGAUACAGUACUAAGAAAUUGCUGCUGUACUGUUAUUAUUGGGAUUGUUUAAGGUAUUCCAUAUUGGUUAUCCUAGAGAAACGUAUUGAAAGAAUUUUUAGCCACGUUGUAUUGGUAGAGCUGCUUUAAUGAAAGGGGUAUUUAACUGUGCCAACAGCAUAUGUGGGUGCAUUCAUGACUGGCAAGAAGAGCUGUUUACCCUUCAAUGUGUUUACAACAGGAUAGUGUAGUCAUUUGAGAUGAGGUUUUGGCUAUCAGUCAGAUAUUUGCUAUUUUGGAUUGCUGUGAUCUCUGUGUUGCCUUUCCUUGCAGUGCAAUGUAUUUCCCAAGACCAGUUAAUAACUCUAUGUCGCUCAGUGGGUAAAACACUGGAUUUAAGAAUAUAUCACAUAAAUAAUCCUAAAAUGUUGUUGUUAUGACUACUUGAUGCACUCAAUAAUAUUUUACUUGCAUUCCUUGGCAGCUGUCAAUUAUAGGAGACCUUUACCCCUAUUCCUUGGGCAGAAUUUGGAGUCGGGUCUUCAUAACUGAAGAGCCAAGCAUGGCAUGGUGCCAUAACCUACAAUUGCAUGUAUUGUAUAUUUCCCAUAUUGGCCAGGCUGAAAAAAAUCAUGUAACUGUGAAAAAAAAAGCUAUGGGCAGAAUAAGCUUCUGCAAACAUAACCCCCUUCUUAGAGAAUUCCCCAAACUAGCUAAUGCCUGGCCAACUCCAACUAAACCUAGUGUCAUUGUGUUACCUAGGCAGGAAUACUGGUUUGGGGAAUGCAGGGAUGCAAGAAAUGGUGAGGGAUGUGUGUGCUUUUACCCUAUGGUCAUGAGAUGUUGACUCCUUUUGGCUUUGUCAACAAUUAGAUGAGAGGUAGUUCAUAGUAUAAAAAGGCAGUUCAUCCUCUUCCCCCAAGGAUGUGAAACAGAUAUGUGGUAAUGUUUAGUAUUGUAUUUACUAUAGUAAUGCAGCAUCUAUUUUGCAUACAGCUCAUAUAUUUUCAUAUAGCUUGAGGAAAUUCUGCCAUAAAAUAUUUUGAUCUUAUUCACGCUUUGACUCCUGUCUGUUAUUGCUGACAGCAGUGGAGAGGUUGUUCUUUGAAACUGUAUAAUACUAAACUUAUGUACAUAA